AUGCUGUGUUUUAAUACUACAAAAAAUAUUAGCUCUUUAGCUAAAAUAUAUUUGGCCUUGAAUAUAUAUUUUUCACAUUUCUUUAGUAUUAUUAUUUGUUUGGAAGCCCCGCAGAUAACUAUUCCAGGUCAAGGUGUAAUUGUCGGCACCUACCUCAAAAUGUUUCGAGCGCAGAAUAUUAAGGCUUAUCUUGGAAUCAGAUAUGCUCGUGCUUCCCGGUUUUCGCCACCGGAACUGGAUAUAUCUGAAUGGCAGGGAGUUCAGAAUGCAACAAAAUUCGCUCCUCUUUGUUGGCAAAACCCCUCCAAAGCUGGAAACACAAUUUUACAUAAACUGCUAAGGAAUAAAGUCGCCGAGGACCACGAAUUUAUAUAUGAUGAAGAUUGCCUGUACUUAAACAUUUUUAUUCCCGAUGGAUCUCCGGGUAUAAAAGGAUAUGCAGUAAUUUUUUGGAUUCAUGCUGGUGAUUUUUCGAAUGGGGCACCCACGGAUAUUGAACCAUUUCAAGUCGUUUUUAAGCAAAAAAUUAUAGUUGUAACGUUUUCGUACCGUUUAAAUAUAUUUGGAUUCCUUUCAACUGCUGAUGGAGAAGCUCAGGGUAAUUUUGGAUUGAUGGAUCAAUCUGCUGCGUUAUUUUGGCUUAAAAAGAAUAUCAAUCACUUUGGCGGAGAUGAAAACAAAAUAACAAUAAUGGGACAUUCUGCAGGUGCAAUCAGCGUUGGAUUGCAUUUGAUGUCUGAAGAAUGGUCGAAAGGUGGAUAUUCAGGGGCAAUCAUGAUGUCCGGAAAUCCGAUAACUGACAAAGUAGUGCGAAACCCAAGGUCUUUUAGCGAUUCCUUGGAUGCAAUAUCAAUUUUAUUUGGUUGUAAUAGGAGGCCAACUUCAAUGUUAUUAUCUUGUUUGAGGAAAGUUGAUGCGAAAACCCUUGCUACAAAUAUUCCACCCGUAGAGUGGGGGCCUGUAAUCGAUUAUGGCCUUAGUAACACAUCAGCACAUUUUAUCAAAGACUAUCCACGCAAAAUAUUCAUAGAGGGAAAUUUUCAAAAGGUACCCAUUUUAAUGGGUGUAACCGAUAUGGAAGAUAUUCUCAGCUUGGUUGAUGACAUUAAAGAUACCAAAAUAACUUAUAAUGAUUUCUUACAAGCAGUUGAUGAAAUAUUAAAGCAUGAUCUGAAAACGAGUGUUGAAAAUGAUGAAAAUUGCACUAAUUCUCAAAUAAUAACCGAUGCAAUAACAUAUAUAUAUCCACCGCAAAAUGAAGGAGUUGAUAUACUAAAAAAAUUUGUAGAAUUCCAUACGGAUCGCAUGUAUGUCGCCCCUUUAUUUUUAAUGGCAGACAUAUUAAGCAAAGACAACGAAGUUUUUGCUUAUUUAUUUAGUGUUCGUCCUCAGAGUAAGUUGCUAGACCUUCCUAAAUGGGUGGGAGUACCAAAAUUUUUCGAUCAAAUAUUUAUAUGGGGUGUUCCGUAUAUGAACAAUAGUAACAUUUUAAACGAAUGGACAUCGAGUGAUAAAAAAAUAUCAGAUGUUAUUAUGACGAUGUGGGCGAAUUUUGCAAAAUCAGCUAAUCCCAUUAUUUCGAAUGUAUAUGUCAAAUGGAAUUCAUUCAGAGCUGAAAAUAAUUCUAUUUUAAUUGUAAACCAAAAUUUUAACUCGGAAUUAGGCAAUAACAUGUUCUCAGUAAGAUUUUGGAAUAAUUAUUAUCCAAACUUAGUGAAAUUUGCUGCAAAUUGUUGCGAAGUUGCAAAUUCUGCACCUUUAAAUCAUAUAAACGGAAUAUUCACUACAGGAGUUUUACGUAAUCUUAUCUACAUUCUCGGAUUUUUCAUUGUUAGAAUUUUCGUUAUGGAAAAAGACACUAACUUCUAACUCAAUGCAAUAUUUAGGAUAUUACCCUUAAAACAUUACAAACAGGUUGAAUUUUUUUAGGAUUGUUCGUUUUUACAAAAGUAGAACUCACUAAAAUUUCCGUUUUGUAAAUUUAUGAAACUUGCCAAAAUCUGAUUUCAGGAAAGUGGUAUGAAUCUUCCUUAAUUCAUUAUUACAUAUAUUAUACAUAUGUCAUCUUCUAAAAUGAUGAAAAGAUUCAUUGCAAUCUUAUUUAACUGCACCUUGUUAUAUAAUAUAUAUGUAUGAAUGUAUAUUUACUACAUUAAUAUUUUGAACCGAAAACGUCAUCAGAUUAGGCAUGCAAGUUUUGCUUAACUUAGAAUGGGGUAGCAUUUUGUGGAAGCUUAUCCAUUUAUAAAGCAUAAUCAUUUAUAUUUGAAUUCUAUACAAAUAUUGCCAGUUCUUCCUUUAUAAUAGAUUUGUGAGUAAUGAAUGUUAGGGUUUUAAUGUGUUCGUAUAGGAAUGUGGGUAAACUGAUAAAUUUAAUAUUUUUAGUUGGGGAUCCCCAAUACCGACUUAACUUCAAAUUGCACAGUCAGUCAGGCAGACAUGUAAAAUGUAAAAAUUUUUAAAAAAUGUUUUGUCCCCGCAACUCUUACGAACUGAUUGACGUGAAAAUCCUUCAGCCGUUGAGAGGCGUCUUAAAACCAUCGACCAUUAUUGUACAGACAAUAAAGUAACUUAAUUACCCUUUUAUUUUGCUUCCUUCCGAUUUGAUCUCAGAACUGUGAGAAACCGACUAAUCUGUGCUGCCAAAAUUGGAAUAUAAACACCAAUGACAACGGAUAUGAGGAACAAAAUCACUGAGUUCACAACCAAUUGCAUAAAAAAUCACCUUUUAUGCCACAUUUCAUCAAUACUAUGUACGUGCAUAAAAUCGCAAUUUAAACAUUUUUAAUUU